AUUAAGGUAAAGAAACCUAUAUUAAUGAUAAUGAUUGCAAAUCAUGGAUCACCAAAAUAUUUAAGACAAAUUUUAAGUACUGUGGCUAGUAAGUUAAAAUUAAUUAAAAACAAUACAAGUGAACUUUUAGAACAACGACAGAAGAAUAAUGAUGAAAUACUUGAAAUAUAUCAAGAAGCUUUCAAGGCUCUUAUAGAAAAUACAACAACUUACAAAGAUAUUCUCAGUGAAAUAAUGCAAUCUUACCACAAUGCACUCCAUAUUAGAGACGAACGAAUAUCUCAAUUCAUCGCCCAAGAUAAAGCAUUUGGUAUCUCUGUGUGCAAGAACCAACGAGAUGAUAAAAUUAAGACAUUAGUCUUAGAAAAUGAGGAACUAAAGGAGAAAAACUUGAAGUUGACUUUUGAAGUCUCCAAGUUGAAAAAAGAUAUGGGCAAGCUCAAUGACGAGAAAUUCUCUGACUACCUGACUUUGAUGCGGGAACGUGACGCGCGAUACACCCUCUACUUCGAGAACCUUGGGCUCCAGAUGAAGCUGAAGGAACUGGAUGGAAGUUCGUACCCCGUGGAUGAGGCUUAUGGGGACCCUGUCGUGUUGAGGAUCGCGCUUGAUCGAUGCAGAGAACAGCUCUCAACAACGCACAGUGAGCUAAAGAAAAUGACAGAAGAGUACGCGGACACAGUCCCCCAGCGCGAGUACGACAUCUUGAGCGCCAGAAAUGAUGACAAUCUGAAGCAGCUACAGCGGCUGCAGGCUGAGAUUACAGCGCUGCAGGACCAGCUCAAACGAAUGUCAACGCUAAAGAAAAACUUGGAAGAGGAACUGAUUGAAUGCCGUGAGCGAUGCAGUGAGUUGGAACGAGCGGGAACUCCGCGGCCGCAGUGGGAGCUCUGUGCUGAUUUUAUCGGUGGAGGGCGAGACAGAUGGCGACAGUUAGCCAGAGGAUUGUCUUCAAGGGAUAUCCUCAGGGUGCUGCUGAAGGAACUGGGACCUGCGGCGGAGAGUGAGCAACUUGAGCAUUUUGAUGGGCUCGGCAUGGAUCCAAUGAUCCCGCCGUACCUUCGGUACGAGGGUAAGGUGCGCAACUUGCGUCUUUCCCGGCGUGAAGUCAGCGUCAUCAUCAACGAUAUAUGGCUCGGGAAGCUGCAGCACCAUGAGCUAUCCAUGCAGGAUUACGUCACCAAGUACUUCGAGGACAGAUAUCAACAGCCAAGUGUGCGAGCGGAAUGGGCGUACAACUUAUGCGCGGGCGCCGAGCAAAUGCUUGACGAGCCGCAAGUGAAGCUGUUCUGGGGAGUCCUUCAUGGCCACCUGAGUGAGGACAUCUACUGGGGACACCGUACACAGUGGUCACGGCUGAAGGAGGUUCUGUACAAGCAUAGCAAGGAUGGGGAGACAAUCACAACUGAAGAGUUUGAGAAGCACGCGAAGACGGUGUUUCCUCUGAAGAGCGAGGUGGACAUUAAGAACCUGUUGGACGUCGUGAGGAAGCAGCUGAAGUUGAAGAUGACUAGCAAUGACGUCAACUUGGACAAGUUGUUUCAUGAGAAUGAGGAAGGUUUCGACCGUGUAGACUUCGCCCGGGAACUGUACCGACAAAGACAGCUCGCACAGGACAAGUACAUCCGCGAGGUGGUGGGGGAGCUGGGGGGCAAGCACGCAGCCUCGCAUGCUGUCUCCGUGGAGAGCCUCAAGAGGGCGUUCGCGAUCGUAGACCCUGCCAUCGACCACAUCCGCAUGGAACGGUACAUACGUUGGUCAUUCUCCUGCCCCAGCGGAGCCCUAGACAGCGUAUCCCCGCUGCCACUGCGAGCUCUGGCUGCACGCCUCGCGGCCGGAGACAUCGAGCGAGCCGGGCCUAGAUACCGCACUCACCGCAAGGUUUACAAAUAAAAUUAAACGCAUCACUGUUAAAAAGUAUGGAUAGCAUUGUAAAUGGACAAAUAAUAUUUACAAUUCACUUCAAAUUAUUGUAUCAAUGAUACAUAGCACAAUAAACUUUAUUUAAAUAAACAUGAUAUUUCACUAAUCCU